AAUUCAUUCAGUGCUAUCAUCAGGAUAUGAACCUUCGCCUUCCUUCAUUUUGCUUUUCAACUAUUUCUUACUACCAUUUCCUUAAUUCUCUUUCACAAUCUUCUUUACGCUCCCUCGCUGAUUUCAGACUUCCUUUCGCCUCUCUCCGCCGUCCAAUUGACUGUCGGAGGACCAUAAAAUUCCACUCCAAGAGAGAAUGGUGGUUUUAACUACUAAAUUGCUUGGGCAAGGAACAGGGUCGUUUCCAUUGCUUACUGCUCACAAGUUUAGUUCACCGAGGAAGAAAUUUGAAACGACUAAGCUAUCCAAGGCCACCAAUUCUGAGACUAAUACCAAGAAGGCAAACUUAUCUGUCAAAAAAAGGGAGAAGAUCAGAUUGCCUAGUUAUAGUGGCCAAGGCAGGACGUAUCAUAUCAAAGAAUUCCUGAAUCAUCCUUCAGGAAUUGAAGCAAUGCUUAACAAAAAUGCCUUAAAAAGUUUCCAGUUACUUGAUGCUAACACAUACAGAUGCACUCUGCCUAAAUUGCAACUUUUGAACUUUGAAGCUGCACCUACACUGGAUUUACGAGUGAUCCCGACAGAUGAAGAUUUUACCGUUGAGAUGCUUUCGUGCAAGUUUGAAGGUUCUGAAUUGGUGGAACGCCAAAACGAACAUUUUUCAGCCUUGAUGAUUAAUCACUUGACAUGGGACACAAUCGAUUCAAAUUCAUAUCUGGAAGUUGAUGUGAAGUUGAAUUUGUCUCUGGAGAUUUAUACACUUCCCUUCACCCUAAUGCCUACCGCGGCAGUCGAGAAUCCAGGAAAUUUGAUGCUACAAGCUCUCUUGGACAACCUUGUGCCUCUACUGCUGCGGCAAUUAAUGCAAGAUUAUGAAAAAUGGAUUAGUCAGCAGCUAGAUCAUUCUCAACUCUCCAUCUCUUGAUUCACUGCGAAGUUAAACGACAGCCUUCAAUUUUCAAGCUACAGAGAAGCCUAGAUUAAGAGAAGUUAACUGAAAGAAAAAAGAAAAAAAAAUGAUUGUGAAGUGUGUCUUAACACUACAUUUCUACAUUGUACAUUGUUUAGGCUAUUCCUACAAAAGGGAAGUAAAGUAGUCGAUUCAAGGCCACGUGAUAGUGAAGUUUAGAGACCUUGUUUAGUUUGCAACAAGAAAGUUAAUGAAAAACACAGUUUGUAUUUAAAGGUUUUAUUAUUAAUAUGUUUGGUAAAAGAUUCCAAAGAC